UUUUUUUUUUUUUAAAUAGAAAAUACGUUUAGAAACACAAAAGGGUUUGACAUUUAACAAAAAAUACUCAAUUUUAUUGAGUCCUGGUGUCCUGAGCAUGAUAGAAUCGCUAUAGUAUGGAUUUAUUUGAGAACAACAGAAAAAAGCUUCUGGUUGGUAGUUUACAUCUAUGAAAUAUAAGCCUCAUUUAAUACGCUUAUCGUAUUUUGUUAUUUUCGUAACCUCAGGUCCCUCUGACACGCUUUAUAGGGAGCUACAUGGCGCUAGGAACUACAGCAGACCUUUUAAUCAACAACCAACACACUGAUCGAGAUCAUCCGGUCGUAUUUUCUUUGUGCCUUCAAAGUUGCAAUCUAACGACAAAUCACUAAAGGUCGUUGACACACUUUUUAAUAUUAAUAUGACAAAAUGACUCAUCGUUAUUUUAAAAACUGCAUUCGCUCGGACGCAGAAAAUCGAUGCUAUUGUAAUCGCUCGUGCGGCCUGGAGUUCAGGGGUCACUCGUGAACAGCGCUGUGGAAGUCGACGGUUCUGCAUUGAACUGUUUAGUUACAAUGUUUAUCUUUAUCUUUACCAACUUACUCAUGAGCUUACAUUAAAAACUGAUUUACCCAUCUAAUAAGUCUGCAUACUUUUUCGCUAUUUUGUCAACUGAGGUCUAGAAUUAAACCUGACUAACGGCAAACUGAUAAGUUGUUAGCCAUCAAGACUUCUUUUAGUUUUCUGAUUAGGUGUUAUAAAUAUAAGAGUGUUUGCUGCUGGUAGAAAUAUACCAAAUAUACUACCAAAAUGCAGGAAUUAAUCGCGAGUGUCGAUCAUAUUAAGUUUGAUCUAGAAAUUGCUGUAGAACAACAGUUAGGCGCUCAACCAUUGCCCUUUCCAGGAAUGGAUAAAUCUGGCGCAGCUGUGUGCGAGUUCUUCAUGAGAGCAGCCUGCAUAAAAGGUGGAAUGUGUCCUUUCAGACACAUCAGUGGAGAAAAGACCGUGGUGUGCAAGCACUGGCUUAGGGGUUUAUGCAAGAAAGGAGACCAGUGUGAAUUUUUACAUGAGUAUGACAUGACAAAGAUGCCUGAAUGUUAUUUCUACUCUAAAUUUGGGGAGUGCAGUAAUAAAGAGUGCCCAUUUUUGCACAUUGACCCAGAAUCUAAGAUUAAAGAUUGCCCGUGGUAUGAUAGGGGCUUUUGUAAGCAUGGUCCGGAUUGCAGGCACAGACACACAAGAAGAGUCAUCUGUGUAAAUUACCUUGUCGGCUUCUGUCCAGAGGGCAAGUCAUGCAAAUUUAUGCACCCAAGAUUUGAACUCCCUAUGGGUGCAACUGAACAGCCACCAUUACCACAACAGACACAGUCUCAGCAAAAGCAAAACACGCAGCCCACAAACAGGUCAUCACAGUCACUCAUCCAGUUAACCAACACAUAUGUCAACAACAACCAGAGAAUGCCAAAUGCUGCUGGGAUAGUGCACUCUAACAACAACAUGGGUGGACCUCGCGGUCCUCGUCCACUGGAUCAAGUUACAUGUUACAAGUGCGGUGAGAAGGGCCAUUACGCAAACAAAUGCACAAAAGGACACCUGGCAUUUUUGAGUGGACAGUAAAGUUUUUUACAAAAAGGAUCUCCAAUAAACAUGACAAUAACUUGCAAAGUGAGAUAUUUUAUCCCUGGUACAUAAAAGAAAUAGUUCACCCAAAAAAGAAAAAUUGCUAAAAAUGUACUCACCCUCAGGCCAUUCAAGAUGUAGAUGAGUUUGUCUUCUUCGGGAACAGAUUUGGAGGAAUUUAGCAUUACAUCACUUGCUCACCAAUGGAUCCUCUGCAUUGAAUGGGUGCCGUCAGAAUGAGAGUCCGAACGGAUGAUAAAAACAUCACAAUAAUCCAAAUGACUCUAUCAAUUACCAUCUUGUGAAGUGAGAAUCUGCAUGUUUUUAAAAAACAAAUCUGUCAUUUAAAGCAUUUUAACUUGAAACCAUUGGUUCUGGCCAAAAUACAAGUUCAUAAUCAGCUGACAUGUUUGUUUGUAACUGUUUUGGACUAUUGCUGUCACGUGGAUUACUGUGAUGCUUUAAUCAGCUGUUUGGACUCUCAUUCUGAUGGCACCCAUUCACUGUAGAUGAUCCAAUGGUGAUCAAGUCACGUAAUGCUCAAUUUCUUCAAAUGUGUUCCAAAGGCUUUAGUUGAGGGACAUAAAUGUGGCUCUACCUCACUGUCCAUGUGCCAAGUGCGUCUCAGUUACAGUACACAUUGAAAACAUAGAAUGAUUAGUAACCACCGUUUUCAUACAGAUUUUAGUUUCUCUUUCACAUGAAACCUUACAGUCUUUUGUAUUGGAGCAACAAGCACCUUGAUUGCUUAAACUUUAAAGCAGUGCUGAAAUUAGAGGACAAUAUAUGAAACGUAUGUUUUUAGAGAAAAUGUUGUCAAUUAGCAACCAAGAUUAUCCAAAAUUGGAGAGGCAGAAAGGACAUCACUUUGUAGUCUAUCAAGAUGCUUCAUGUAUAUAUUAAAUGAAACUGAUUUGUUGGGUUGUUGUGCUUGUUACAAUAAAGAUCAACUGGAUUGAUGAAACCAU